AUGCACUUCUCUUCCUCUUCUCUUGGCGCCCUUGUUGUGGUCGCGGCUGGUGCCGCCGAUGCCGCAAAGUGCCCUAUCCAGUUCGAUGGCAGAAUCCCAACAAACUUCACACCCGCCUCUUUCGACACCUCUGCGAGUCCCUUCAACAAUGGCUUUGUUUUCGGCAAGGGUCUGAAGGCCAGUGACGUUGUCACUAUUCCGACAGGCUUGUCGUCUCUGCUCGACGGCCCGGCAAACAAGCCUUUCCAAGUCAACAUUGACGACAGAUCCAUCUUCGCGCCCACCGAGACCAAUGUGCAAACGGGCUUCCGCCGCGCAGAGAUGCUGCCCAUGAGCAAUAACGGCACCGACCCAUCCACCUCCGGCAUCAAGACGGUCCACUGGAGCAUGAUGAAGGACCCUAAGAAGCCGCUUAACUUAACCCACGAAUACCAAAUGGUCUUUUUGGAGAGCUCCAUCUUCAGCUCGAACCAAUUCGCACUCAAGUACGGCGAUCUCAUCGGCAUUCACCCGGCGGACCCGGAUGUUCUCCACCUGUUUGGCAACUCCAACACGAACCCGUCGCCGGAGCUCUUCAAGACCAAGUUCACUGAGGGCGUGUUCCACAACUUUGCCCUGACUUUGGACUUUGGCAAGAACUUGACUCAGGUGUACUAUUCUCAAGGGAAUGCCCCUCUUGUCGCUCAGGGCCAGCCCAUCGAGAACGACAUCUCGGGACAGGGACAGUUUCACUUUGGCGUUUUGAAGAAGUCGAUUAACGGCACCGGUGACCUCACCAAGUCCGGUUUCCACGAGUCUGGAAUCAACGAGGGCAUCAUUUUCGGUUCCAUCUUUGAGGAAGACAGCAUCGAUGGCUGUGUGACCUUGUCUCUUUGA